GUACCUUCAAACUCUGUGGCCUUGUAGCUUCGCUCUGACCGACAUCAAGGUGCAGCGGCCUUCCAAAGGCAGCAUUCCCGUGGACAUCACAGUCCUGAUCAAGAAGGCCCCGCUGGCAGCCCCUGGUGGCCAAGUGUCCGUGAUGGCGCCGCAGCCACCAGGAUCGCCAGGUGCUGCUCCACCGUUGCAAGCAGCAGCUCAGCCAAUGCCAUCACCGAAGACCCAGGCGAUGAUUCCUUUUCUGGCGUUAACUUCUGGUGCAGGAUCGAGAAGUUCCUUCGACAGGCAGCGAUCCAAGCAGGUCCUCCAGUUCCUGUGA